AUGCCUCUCCCAGGAGUCCCCAGAGCCAUGACUGCAACUGUGCAGACGCUGCGGUUCAAGCUGCUGCCGCACGAGCCGGGCCAGGAGUGGGGGCACAGCUGCCAGCAGGAAAUCGAGCGUCGCUACCAGGUGGUUCCCUCGGUGGUGUGUGCCAUGUGCUGCCUCUUCGGCAUCAUCUACUGCUUCUUUGGCUACCGCUGCUUCAAGGCCGUCAUGUUCCUGACGGGGCUGAUGUUUGGCUCCAUCAUCAUCUUCAUGCUGUGCUACAAGGAGCGGGUGCUGGACACACAGCUGAGUGUAGAGGCCUCAGUGGGCAUUGGGCUGGGCAUCGGGGUCCUGUGCGGGCUGGUCACCAUGCUGGUGCGCAGUGUCGGCCUCUUCAUGGUGGGGCUGCUCCUGGGGCUGCUGCUGGCGGUGGCCACGCUGGUGGUGAUGGAGCAGUUCUACCACCCACCGACGGUGUGGAUCCCCAUCGCGCUGCUCCUGGUGGGGAUGCUCUUCGCCGUCCUCACUCUGCAGUGGCAGCGCUUCUUCACCACCCUCUCCACUGCCGUCUUCGGCAGUGCCAUCAUGACCGUCACUGUUGACUACUUCAUCGAGCUCUUCCUCCUGGUGCAGUACAUCUACGAGCGCAUCAAGGUGGCCCCCGCUCGCCCCGUGUGCUGGUACAGCUGGGUCAUCCUGGGCGUCUGGCCACUCCUCACCACGCUGGGCGUCCUGGUCCAGUGGAAGGUCACGGCCGAGGGCUACUCCCACACAGAAGUGAUCAUCAGCCGGCAGCAGCGCCGCGUGCAGCUGAUGCGCAUCAAGCAGCGGGAGGACCGAAAGGAGAAGAAGAAGAAGCGGAGACCCCACCACCCGCCGCCCCACCAGCACAAAGCCCACCCGCCCGAGCCCGCCUACCGCCGCAAGCCGAACCCCGUGCGCCGCUUCGAUGGGGACGUGCUCUCCCCCAGCUACAUCCAGAGUUUCCGAGAGCGGCAGACGGGGCCGUCCCUGAACAACCUCAUCACCAGCUCCCACGCCGUGGUGGACCUGGACUAUGACUGCAGCUCCACCGUGCCCCUCACCACGGGCUCUGGCCCCGCUGUGAGGGUAUAAGCCAACCCAGUGACCUCGAGUGACACCAGCACCCCAGCCUGCUCCAACAGACCCCCUGGGACAGCUGGGGCUGUGCCCUCAGCCCCGGGCGGCCACACGUGGCUUGGGGCUGCGGAUGGAGACCCUUCCUACGUGUGGGACUUGACUGGGCAAGCCCCGGCUGCUCGCGGGGCCUGGAGAUGCUGGGGGAGCCCUCCGGCAGGGACUCAGCCCAAGGACUGGGGACACCAGCACCCCAUGGAUGUGCGGUGCA